AUGAUUCUUCAAUUUAAUGAAAUAAAAUCUUAUUUAAUUUCUUUACAUAAACAAAAUGUAUUUGAUAAUAAUAUUUCUUUUGAUUUUCUUCAUUUAACAAAAAAAAUAAAUGAUGAAAAUUUUUAUGAAAUACGUGAAGAAUUUGAUAAUGCAAUAAUCGAAUUUGAUCAAUAUCGCCAUUCAAUUUUUAUAAUUGAAAAACAUAUUAAUGAAUGUCUUUAUAUCACUGAAGAUAUUCAAAAAGAAAUUGAAAUUGAAAAUAAUAAAUUAACUGAAAUUGGAGAAAAAUUAGAUCAAUAUGAAGAAAUAAUAAAUAAAAAAUAUAAAGAAUUAAACAAACCGAGUGAAUUACAAAUUAUCACAAAUUCAUCUGCUCAAAGUAUUAAUUCUCAUCAAAUUAAAAUUAAAAAAAAAAUUAAAAAUCAACAAAGUAUUAUAAGAAGUGAUGGUAAUCAAAUUAGUAAUGAUAAAGAUAAAGAAGAUAUUGAAUUAUUAAAUUCAAAUAAAAAAAUAUUACUUCAAUGGUGUAAAGGAAAAUCAUUAUCAAUUCGUUAUGACUCAAAAUAUGACGGAGAAUCCCAAAAAGAUUUUACUAAAUAUAUUAAAGGAUAUGGAAAUAUUUAUGUUAUUUUAUUUGAUCAAAAUAUGAAUGUGUUUGGUUGUUUUAUUCAUUCUCCAAUUUUAAUAACAAAUAAACCUAUUGCAGAUAUUUUUGGAUUUAUUUUUGAAAUAGCAAAAGAAGGAAAUAUUCAUUUAAAAAAAUGUAAUAAAAGAAAAGACGUUAUUUCUUCAGUUACUCUAUUUGAAGAUAAUUGUAAUCAAGCAAGUUCAUUACUUUAUAUCGGUAAAGAUCAAUCAACUGGAAUGUUAAUAUUAAAGCCUUUUAUACAAAAUGGUAUGAUUAAACAAAUAUAUAAAUCUUAUUCAGUAUCUAACUCUCUUGUUUUUAAUUCUAUUCAACGAUUUGAAACUAGAAGAAUUAUUUUAUUAGAAAUUGAAUUUUAA